UUACCUUAAUUGCAAAUCACACUAAUCAUAUCCCAGUCCAUCAAUUCCGUCAUCUCUCAAUUUUUCAUACUCCGUAUAUAUAUAUACACACACUGAUAAUGAGAUAUUAGUCCAUCAAAUUUUAAUUGCCCAAAUUUUUAUACUCAUAUUCCCAAUUAAACCUAACGUACACAUUUGAUUGGAGAUUUUGAAGUCGCCAACUUUUAUUCACCGAUUUGCUUUUUUUGUUUUGUCCGUUUCAAUCAAUUCGCAAUCAGUUUAAAUGAAUUCAAUCCAAAGUACAAACCUAUCUAGUUUCAAUUUCUUUGUUAUUCAUUAAUUCAAUCGGAAGUUGAUUUUGCAGCAAUGUCUCUUUCUUUACAACGGUAUAAUGCUUUUCCAGACCAAAACAGCCGUCUGCUUCAACUCUUGAAACUAAGAAGCAAGAAUGAACGAGAGAGGUCAAAGAUGAUUUCAAUGGAAGCCGGAGUGGGUGCUGAUUUGCCUGAAAGUUUGAUCAUCGAGAUUUUGUCGUGGCUGCCUGUGAAAGAUUUGUUACAGUUGAAGAGUGUGUGCAAGUCAUGGUAUGCUAUCAUUUUGAAUCCUCAUUUCGUGUCCAAACAUUUGAAUAACUACUACUAUAGCAACAUCAAUAAUAUUUGGCGUAGUUGUCUUUUGGCUCAAUAUCAAUUCACCUAUGCUUCACUUGUAUUGUGCGAGUUCUUGGUUGAUGAUGAAACUCAUAAUCAUCCUCGAGUAUUAGAAUAUGGUGAUGAUGUUCUUACCACCAUGUCAUCAAUGCGUGGGUCGAAUAUUUGUGGUCCUUGUGAUGGGUUAUAUUAUCUCUUUUAUUACCAUGAUAAUCGUCGUGCUCUGUGGAAUCAUGCCAUCAAUGAGUUCAAACCCUUACCUGAAUUGAUUUUUAAGCCCGAUCUUCCGUCUACUAUCACUUAUGCUCCUUAUGAAGUUUUUGGUUUUGGUCUAGAUCCCGUCACUAAAGACUAUAAAGUGGUGGUAAUAAAAGGUUAUUGGAGUAAAACUCCUGACGAAGAUGGUUGUUACUUUGUCCGUCAUCCUUGGUCGGUCCUUGUCUACUCGUUAUGGACUGAUUCGUGGAGAUAUUGUGGUGAUCUGGCUAGAGAUUACGAGUUGGACAUAAAUAAUUGCUACAUGUAUGUGAAUGGUUGUUGUUAUUGGUUGGGAAUAUACCCUGGUUUUGACUCUUCUAAAGAUGUGAUAAUUUCGUUUGACAUGGCAACAAAUGAAUUUAAAGAGAUAGUUGUUCCUGACUAUGUAAAACCAAGCGAGAGGUGUCUUGCAAUAUAUGAUGGCUCUCUUGCUCUGCUAUCUCUCCAUAAGACCCUGAAAAUUCUUGAAAUUUGGACAUUCGGAAUCAGAGAAGGGUCGUCUUGGAUCAAGCAACAUACAAUGGGACCGUUUCCACAUAUUUGGAAUCCACUAGGUCAUUGGAAGGAUAAUUGUAUCUUAUUAGAAUCUACAGCUGGUGAGCUAGUCCUUAUUGAUCCUAUCACACAUGAACUUAAGAAUAUUGUUGGUUCCGUGUUUCAUGGGUUAAGUUGCAGAGGAGUUUUUGCAUACAUGGAAAGUCUGGUUUCAUUCAAAGAUAAGAUCAACCCAGAGCUGCUACUUGAGGACGACAAUUACCAAUAACCAGAAAUCAAUCUAGCCUGAUCUCUCUUUCCCGUUAUUAUACAAUAGACAGUGAUAUGCAAUUUUCAGUUGUAGAAAACAGAUCAGAGUUUCAAACUUCAAACUAAUUAUUGUAAUAUCAUUUGCUGAUAGAUAUUCACAGUUUGUAGCUUAUUGAAUACUUAAUUAUAUGUUGUAUUUUUCCCAUAGACAUUUCAGAUAAAUAUAUGCUCGUGCUGUUUUCUGUA